GGAGGGAGGGAGGGAGGCGAUGGCGGAUGCGGCGGAGCCGGAGAAGAAAAGAAGGAAAAUAGAAGAGCACACAGACAAAAUGGCCGUUGAUGGUGGAUACGGGGACACUGGAGACUGGGAAGGUCGCUGGAAUCACGUGAAGAAGUUCCUCGAGCGCUCAGGGCCGUUCACGCACCCCGACUUUGAGCCGAGUACUGAAUCACUCCAAUUUCUGCUAGAGACCUGCAAGGUUCUAGUUAUUGGUGCAGGAGGUUUAGGAUGUGAGCUCCUUAAAAAUCUGGCACUGAUGGGCUUCAGACAAAUUGAUGUCAUUGAUAUGGAUACAAUAGAUGUUUCUAAUCUGAACAGACAAUUUUUAUUUCGACCAAAGGAUGUAGGAAGGCCAAAAGCAGAAAUUGCCGCUGAAUUCAUUAACGGUCGAAUACCUGGUUGCAAUGUAAUUCCCCAUUUUAAAAGGAUACAAGAUUUCAAUGAAUCCUUUUACAGACAAUUUCACAUCAUAAUUAGUGGAUUAGAUUCUAUAAUUGCACGACGAUGGAUCAAUGGGAUGUUGAUAUCCCUGCUCAACUUUGAAGAUGGAACUCUAGACCCAAGCUCCAUUAUUCCAUUGAUUGACGGUGGGACUGAAGGGUUCAAGGGGAAUGCACGUGUGAUACUUCCAGGAAUGACGGCGUGUAUAGAGUGUACGUUGGAACUGUAUCCUCCACAGAUAAACUUUCCGAUGUGUACCAUUGCUUCUAUGCCCAGGCUACCAGAGCACUGUAUUGAAUAUGUCAGAAUCUUACUGUGGCCCAAAGAAAACCCUUUUGGAGAGGGCAUUGGCCUGGACGGUGAUGAUCCAGAGCACAUCCAGUGGGUUUUUCAGAAAUCGCAAGAAAGAGCUGCACAGUUCAACAUUACCGGCAUCACGUACAGGCUAACACAAGGUGUGGUGAAGAGAAUUAUCCCUGCAGUCGCAUCCACCAAUGCUGUAAUUGCAGCGGUAUGUGCAACUGAAGUAUUCAAAAUCGCAUCAAGUGCAUAUAUUCCUCUGAAUAACUACUUGGUCUUCAAUGAUGUUGAUGGGCUUUAUACGUACACAUUUGAAGCGGAGCGCAAGGAAAACUGCCCUGCCUGCAGCCAGGUGCCGCAGGAUCUACAGUUUCCUCCGUCCGCAAAACUUCAGGAACUCCUAGACUACUUAACGCAGAGUGCUUCAUUGCAAAUGAAGUCACCAGCUAUCACUGCAACUAUGGAUGGAAAAAACAAAACACUUUAUUUACAGACGGUAGCAUCAAUUGAAGAAAGAACGAGGCCAAAUCUAUCAAAAACUUUAAAGGAAUUGGGGCUGACGAAUGGACAGGAGCUGGCAGUGGCAGAUAUAACGACACCGCAAACAGUGCUCUUCAAACUCCAUUUUACAACUUGACUUUUUCUUUUGCAAACUUUUUGAAUCGUUGAAAUGUUAGUUUAGGAAAAAUUGAUCUGUUCAUCAUCAGUGCACCGUGUCACUCGAAUGGACUUGAGUUUGAAUAUGUUCAAUAUUAUCACCACAGACCCGCAAAGAAAUGAGAGUUUAUUUUAUGUCUUAUGGUUUAAAUGUGACAUGAGCUGAACAUAAAGUUAUAGCAGAGACAUUGUGUAUAGGAAACUGACACUUACUUGGUCACUUCACACAGAGUAACCCCAAAGUGUUGGGUUUCAAAGAUUAUUUUAUAUUAAGAAAGCAAGGGAUGAAUUUUGUUUCAAAAUGUGUACAGCUUUUUGUCAAUUUUUUUGCAAGUUUAGGUUUUAUAUAUUUAUUGACAUGGGGUGUUAACUCUUAACAAGAAAGCCACUUACAUUUACUUUGACCUGAAUUAAUGCUCUUAAACCUUCUAUUUAAUGGCUUAGGAACUAAGUCAGUUAGUGUUAUAAGUUUUUGGCGACAAUGUGCUUUUAAAUGCUGUGCAAGAACAAUGGGUUGUAACUGAUGGGAAGCCCCAAAGCUGAAAUUGUUCAAUGUUUUUUAAGUUUCUAAAAUGUAAAUUAUCUUUCAUCCUGCCACUUAUUCUCAAAGUUUGUGAAUACUAUAAUAAAGUAAAUGAUAAUA